AUGGGACCGACUACCUACAACAUCGUCUUGGCGUCCGAUGAGCAGCAGAGCUUGGGAGAUCAGCAACAGCAACAGCAGCAAAAUCUUCAAAAUCUAAAUCACAAUCACAACCAAACUAAUCUCAUUCUCAAUCUCAAUCUCAAUCACCUUCCCGAGCUUAUCACCGCCACUGAUGUGGCCACCGGCGAGGCGGUGACCAUUCCGCUGUCUCAGCUGGCCAACAGUCUCUUCAGCUUGCAGCCAUUGGAGCUGGCCCAGGGAGGAGGAGGAAAUGGCAAUGGAAACAGUGGCAAUGGCUCAGUUGCUGUUUUAGAAAACUCCAGUCCGACAGUCUUUCAGGAUCUCUGCAAACUAGGCAAGCAGCAGCAGCAGGACUCGCUCUUCGAGACGGCCACCAUCGUCGGCCACCUCACCGAGGAGAACGGCGUCCAGCGGCUGCUGCUGGAGCUGAGCGAUGACGUCACUCGCCAGCUGCUCGCCGGUACUGCUUCCGGUACUACUUCCACCUCGUUGCAGUCCUUGAACACUUCUUUCUCCUCUCAGCUGGUCACCGCCUCGUCACCACCCACUCCUCAACUUUCCAUCACCACCACCAAUUCACCAUCCUCUUCAAUACCGCUGAUACCAAAUAUAAUCUCCAAGCGCCGCAACAAAACCACUUCUUCCUCUUCUCAAAACCGUCGAAGUUCUCGAAGUUCUCAGCAGCAGGACCGAUCCUACACCUCCAUCACCAUCAACUCUGACCUUCCUUUACCUUUAACUUUGAACUCCACAAACUCCUCUUCUCAAAUCGAACAACAGCAGCAGCAACAACAGCAACCACAACAGCCGCAACAGCCGCAACAGGACUUUAGCGCACCGGGGGCGCUUCUCAAGGCGGACAACUCCCACGGGCCACGCCUUCCUUCGCUAAAGUGCCACAAGUGUGACAAGGUGUACACGGGGAAGACGGCCGCUCGGGACAUGACUCGCCACUGUCGCGACCACCACACCCGCCCAGAUCGCUACCAGUGUCCGCAGUGUCCGGGCUCCUUUCUGCGACAGGAGAACCUUACGGAGCACCUGCGCGUCCACCGCGUGAAGGAGAAGGUGGAGCGGGAGCACCAGGCGGCGCAGGAGCUACAGUUGCUACAGAGGGAACAGCUACAGGAGCAAAAGGAGGAGGCGGAGGCGGCCGUGUCAGGCCUGCAGUACAGUACCGUCAACAGAUACGCUCUUAUCAGUGAAGAUGAUAAUGAUAAAGAAGGUGGUGGUGAUGGAGGUGGUGAUAAAGAAGGGGGUGACGAAGGCGACGGUG